UAUUUUUGCGCAUGAACCUUUUUUAGAACACGCUCGGCAUUUUUACAGCUCACAAGAAGCGAGCUAUAGAGUCACACCCUUUUCGGGACGCUGGCCUGUGCAGCGCAGCUCGGGCCAGGGAAAAGGAGCCCAGGACCAGGAAGGCGACGUGGUGACAGCUGGUGGACGUCAGCGAGGUCGCCCCGCUGGGAUCCACGAGGGGAGAUGGAGGCAACGGGAUGGCGGCCGGGCGUCGGCGUGCUUGCGCUCCAGAGGAGUGGCCGUGGCCGGGUCGCGGCUCGGCUCGGCGGUGUGGCGGCCGAGAGGAGGGAGAGGAGGCGGGGUGGCGGCUGGGCUCCGACUGCCCGCACGUCGACGCCGUCGCCGUCGCUGGAGAGAAGCGGAGGGCCGGGAUGAGGGUAACAUCAGGAACAGGAGAGGGCGCAACCGCUGUCGUGAUGUCGCCAAGCCCUCUCUGUUUCGCUCAUCCCUUGGGUUAGCCAGCCAGUUGGCAGUGACGAAUGCUACCACUAAAUUACUACACAGCAAUGAAUUAAUGCUGAGCAGCUCGCCAGUCUCUUUCACAAGACUCAGCACACCAUCGCAGCUCGCCGCCUUUGUUGAAUAGGCUGUUUGUUUUAGCCUGCAUUUUUCUACAGAAGCAGAGGAGGGGGGCUUAUUUUUACCACCUAGUCUUGUCUCUCUGGGUAUCCAACCAGUGCUUUAUUUGCUCUCUGGCUUGUACCCAGUACGCUGCUGAUAAGGCAUCAGGAAAUCAAGAAGAGAAUUUGAAGAUAUUAUUUGCCCUAUUCUCGCCAGUUGAUCGCGGUGGUCCGGUGGAGACAGAAAACAGUCUGUGGCUCUGUGCUAACACGCACGUCCCUCUCUCCUCCUGCAGCACGCUUAUCAGUUUAGUUACUGACCUGUAAUCAGAUGAUCUACUGCAGGUGAUGGCAGCAUGGUUUUAUUCUUCAUGACUUGAUUGAUGAUCUUCUCUUCUCUAUUUUUAUCCUGGCUUGCGUUCAACAUCGUGAGGUCGAAGAAACCGUGUCUUCAAGGUCAUCAAUAUUGAUUCGUACUGUUGAUGGUUUUUUCCUUGUUGGAAGACAGCUUUCCAAGGUCAACCUGGUGUUUUUGGUGGGCCUCCUGAGCUGAGUGCCUCAGAUCAAUGGCAACCAUACUAGAAUCUUUGCUUGGAUCAUGUGCCAAUAAGUUGCAAAAUAUUAUUAGUGAUGAGGCCAUACUAAUCCUAGGGGUGGAAGAAGAGCUUGCAGAAGUGUUGCGACGGGUAGAACUAAUACGUUGUUGUAUAUAUGAUGCUGAGAAAAGGAGGACAAAAGAGCUUGCAGUGAACAAUUGGCUUGGUCAACUGAGAGAUGUUAUAUAUGAUGUUGAUGAAAUCAUGGACGUGGCUAGAUGCAAAGGAAGCAAGCUACUGCCUGACCAUCCAUCAUCAUCAAGCAUAUCAGCUUCCUAUAAAGGCCUUUCAGUUUCCUCUUGCUUUUGUAACAUCAGGUCACGCCACGAUGUUGCUGUUCGGAUUAGAAGUCUGAACAAAAGGAUAGAGAACAUUUCAAAAGAUACAACAUUUUUAACAUUCAGCACUAGUACUCAACCUACUGGAAAUGGUCCAACAUCCAAAUUGAUAAGAAGUUCCAACCUUGUUGAGCCCAACCUUGUGGGUAAGGAGAUCAUACAUUCUAGCAAGAAGUUGGUAGACUUAGCACUUGCUCACAAGGCAAAUAAGUCUUAUAAGCUUGCUAUUGUUGGAACAGGAGGAGUUGGUAAGACAACUCUAGCUCAGAAAAUAUUCAAUGACCAAAAAAUAAAAGGAAGCUUCAAGUUACAGGCAUGGAUUUGUGUUUCGCGGGACUACAAUGAAGUAACUGUUCCAAAAGAGGUUCUUCGAAAUAUUGGUGUGUAUCAUGAGCAAGGCGAAACCAUAGCAGAACUACAGAGAAAGCUUGCAGAAACAGUUGAAGGGAAGAGUUUCUUUCUGGUUUUAGAUGACGUGUGGCAUCCCAAUGUCUGGACGGAUUUAUUAAGAACCCCAUUCCAUACAACAAAUUCUGGAGUAAUAUUGGUAACCACACGAGAUGAUCAAAUAGCAAUGAGAAUAGGCAUACAACAUACCCAUCAAGUUGAUCUCAUGUCAGCAGAGGUGGGAUGGGAGCUACUUUGGAAGAGCAUGAACAUUGCCGAAGAGAAAGAAGUGCAUAAUUUGAGAAACACAGGCAUGGAGAUUAUUGAUAAAUGUGGUCGCCUCCCUCUUGCAAUUAAGGUUACUGCUAGUGCUUUGGCAAGCAAAGAUCUAACAGAGAAUGAGUGGAGAAAGUUUUUAGGCAAAUACUCUGGCUCCCAUAGGAUGCUCUCUGAUGAAAUAGAGGGCGCUCUAUACCUAAGCUAUGACGAGUUACCGCAUCGUCUGAAACAGUGUUUCCUUUACUGUGCUUUGUAUACUGAAGAUUCUAUCAUUUACCGUGGUGUAGUUACAAAGUUAUGGAUUGCUGAAGGCUUCAUUAUGGAGCAACAAGGUCAGCUACUAGAAGACACAGCAGAAGGGUACUACUAUGAGCUAAUCCAUCGGAAUCUCCUCCAACCAGAUAACACAAUUUUUAACCAGGCUCAAUGCAGAAUGCAUGACCUCUUAAGACAGCUUGCUUGCAAAUUAUCACGGGACGAAUGCUUUAUUGGAGACGUUGAAACAUUGAGGGGUGAGAAUAUGUCAAAAUUGCGACGCCUUUCUGUUGUCAAUAAGAAGGAUAAAUUAGUGUUAACUAGCAUGGAUAACAUGGUAGUUAAGGUGAGGACAUUCCUUGCUUUUUAUGGUCCAUGGAAAAUUGAGGAUACAUUCUUCAAGAGAUUUCUACUUCUUCGUGUUCUGGCCCUGAAUUACUCAAUUGUGCAAAAAAUUCCAGAUUAUAUAGGAAAAUUGAUCCAUCUACGCCUACUCGAUCUAGGUCAUACUGGCAUAUCUCAUCUUCCAGAAUCCAUUGGAUCCCUAAAGAACCUUCAAGUGUUGAGCUUGAUAAAUUGUGAUGCUCUGCACAGUCUUCCGUCGACGAUGACCCAAUUGUGCAAUCUACGAUGUCUUCGUCUUACUGGUACGAAAGUAAAUCAGGUUCCAGAAGGGAUAGGAAAAUUAAACUUGCUCACUGAAUUACGCGGAUUUCUUGUCGGCGACAUAAGUGAUAAUGCUGAUAUACAAGAUGGGUGGAAGUUGGAAGAGUUGUCUUCUUUGCCGCAAAUGAUGUAUCUUAAUCUUGUUAAAUUGGAAAGAACGGCUCAUUCUCGUACAAAUGUAGUGCUGGAGGACAAAAAGCAUCUAAAAGAACUGGUGCUAGAGUGGACCACACAUGGAGAGGGACCAUAUUCAGAAGAUGUUAGCAAUGCUGAGAAGGUCUUUGAGCUGCUAGUACCUCCACGCAACCUGGAAACCCUCUAUAUCUUUGGAUUCUUUGGUCAGAGGUAUCCCACAUGGUUUGGUACCACCUGUUUGUCUUCAGUAACACACUUGUUCCUAAAAAAUCUACGAUCAUGCGUGGAUCUUCCACCGGUCGGACAGCUACCAAACUUGAAGUUUCUGAGAAUUGAUGGAGCACAUGCAGUUACCAAGGUUGGACCUGAAUUUGUUGGCUACAGGGUGGGUGAACCCAUAAGCAAUGAGUUCAUUGCUUUCCCUAAACUUGAAUGGUUCUUCGUCAAGGAUAUGCCCAACUGGGAGGAGUGGUCUUUCUUUAAGGGAGUGGAAAAUGUUGUUGAUGAAGGAGGAGAGGAUGGUGGUGCGGAAAUUUGUAACGGUGAUGCCCAAUCUAUACGAUUGCAACUGCUGCCUCGUUUGGUGAAGUUGAAAGUCGAAGGUUGCCCAAAGCUGAGGGCUCUCCCGCGACAUCUUGGAGAGGACACCGCCAGCUUGAAGGAGCUAUUGUUAAUUGGAGUGAACAACUUGAAGGCCGUGGAGGAGCUCCCAGUGCUCGAGCUCCUUGUGAUUGAGGAUUGUGAAGGCCUGGAGAAGGUCUCCAACCUCCCUCAAGUGUCAAAACUACAAGUACGUGGUUGUCCAAACUUAAGCCAUGUAGAAGGGUUGGGCAAUUUGCAGCAGCUGGGGUUGGGUGAGGAUACGCAGGAGAUAUCUUCCCGUUGGGUGCCUGGGCUUCAGAACCAGCGCCAGCGACUUCAUGGUGAAGACCUGGAUGUCUACACACUGUCUACCGGUUAGAUGGCAAUGAAAGCACAAGGAAGUGGUUGGUGGAUGUCGGUGACAGAGCUGCAGACUGAACACGGCACGACGUGUGCAGUGCGGUGAAUUUCGGGAGCACAAUGACGGGAACCUCAGCGGAGGGCGGAAAUGCGGAAGAUGACUUUGAAGCAGUUGUCCGUGGAAAAAGCAUCAAGUAUGAAGGGCAAGCUCUGUUCUGCAACUGUUUCUGGGAAUACAGAUUAAGUAGACUGCUGGCUAUGAUUAAACUCAAGCUAGGUGUGUCUCUUGUGUAGUAACUUUGUACUAAAUCAACCACAUUUAUUUUGGGACGGAGGAAGUAUUUGUUUACGCAUGAAUGGUCCCACAUGGAUGAUCCAUCUUGUCCUUAGGACAAAGGUUAAUCAAGCGGCUGCACUCAUGGACGAACUGCAAUCACCAUAAGUUUGUACAGUUCUUCUUUUUUCACUGCACACAAUUAAGUUUGUGAUCUAUUGUUUGAGCAUUUUUCAUUGGUCACUGGUCAUCAGCAAGUUAUAUAUGCUAGUUGGACCGAGCAUAUUUAUUAUUCUUAUUCA